AUGAAUUCGUCAUUACUAAAUCGACCAAAGUUGUCUUGGGAAAGCGCUAAUGGAACGUGUCAUCUACUGCGAUUGACUAAACAUGACAAUAAUGUCACUGAUGCACUUGCAAUGAACUCCAACUUCACAAAUGAAGACACGAUGAAACAGAAUAUGUCGUAUUGGUUGGGCAUUUAUAAAACACACACAUGCAAAACACAGUUGCUCAAAGACCUGCCAAAUAUAACGGAGUCAAAACUAGAUCAAUGUUCUUCUGUUGACAAUUCUGCCGACAAGCCUACACUUGGUGAUUGUGAUGCAAAAAAUCAUGCUAUUUGUGUUAAAACAGGUGAGAAACGCGACACAGAACCUGGCCUGCAUGGUACCAUAUCAAAUAUUCAUUGUUAAAAAUAAGUCUUCUCGAUUUUGCGAAUUAUUUCAUAUCCCAAUGCUGCUAUAAUACCAUGCAUAUACGGCGCUGCUUUUGUCAGAUUGACAGGUUUCUGCCAACCAUAUAUGAGACUUGUUUUCUUUUGCGGCUCUGUUUUAUAAUUUCAAGGGGAUUUGGAAAAUUUCGGAACCGUCCUCAAAUUUUCACGGUAUGUUUCGCCAUUUCACGAUAUGUGCAGUAUCACGGUUUUGGCAUCUAUGCGCAUUGAGCAGCUUGCAUGGCGUCGUGGACUGAAUCAAGAACGUCACGCGCUUUUUGUUUUGCUUUACUUACAAAAAAAGUUCUAUUUGUAAGUUUGAAAUGUUUUUUUAUGUAAUGCUUGACCGUAGCGAAGAGGCUAAUGCAGGAGGGGGACGAAACCAAUCAAUCAAUCAAUCAAUCAAUCAAUCAAUCAAUCAAUCAAACAAACUUUAUUUACCCACGGUACUUUUUCACAAAGACAAAAACUAAAAUAUUUACAAGAUGUGAUCUUCCAAUAGGCCGUUUUCUUUCAAGAUGUGAUCUUCCAAUAGGCUUUUCCAGACAUGCCAUUUUCCACAAAGUUUCCAUUCAUGUAUCGUAAUUUGUUAGUUUUUUCCGUAAUUUUCGUAGACGUAGCAAAAGCUAUUACUUCCGAUUAUAUCAUGAGUAUCUCGCCUCAUUAAUAUUCAGUACACGUCAUUCUGUUGAAUAUACGCAUGCUCGGUUAAGAGGAAUUGACUCAUCUUGGGUUUCAAUUCAGCACAAUAUCUUACUUUCUAUGAUGUAUAUCAUCAUACAGUCACGCACACAAUUUAAUUUAGAUGUUUAUCAUCUUACAUUCCUUCCACUGAGAAAUUAUUAGAAGAGGCCUGGUUGUAAAAUUGCACUUUAAAACCAUCUGCACACACACAUUUGUGGAAUCAUAGGGUUUCUUUAUAAGAUCAAGAAAGUUGCAUAAUUGAUCGUGUAUUGUCGUUACUUGAAAUUGAAAUUGUUUUACCAAUGAAUAUGUCUGCUAAAAUUUCAGGUAUUUCACGCAAAUGUCCCAAUAACUGGAAUCGUACAACUAACGGAUCUUGUUGGCGAGCAUUCUAUAAAAUCCAAAUGACAUGGAAGGCGGCUUAUGCCUUUUGUUUGCAACAAGGCGGUCGUCUUGCAAAUUUAACUUCUGUUCGUGUUAUUAACAAAACUUCCACUAUAUUGUCUGAUGGGAGACGUUACUGGAUAAAAGGCAUUGAAAUUAGUGCCCACUUUCUAAAAGAUCCGUUACAAGGCUGGUGCUGCAAGGCCAAUGGGAGCGCAUUGAAUGCCUCCAAUUGGGAUAACACUGCAAUAUUUGCGAAAGUGCAAUACACUGACAGCAAAGAAAGAUGUGCAUUUGUUCGUGACAACAAUGGUACGAUUUAUUUGGAAGAUAGUUCUUGUGAUAUACCUCGUUCGUUUAUGUGCGAAAAGAAACAAUCUGGUGAUGACAAGGUAUGUUUCGUUUAAAUCAUUAAAUGUCUCUAAUUUCCAUUGUAUUAAUGAUAUAUUAAUAUAAGUAAUGAUAUAGUAAUAUUAUCUUGUCACUAACCUAUCUUUCUCGCUGGUUUAUUGUAAAAAACAGCGAUUACUUUGCUUCCAGUUAAGCUAGCUAGACUAGUACAUGUGCGUCGCCGAAAUAUUUCAGACCGUAUAGACAGUCAGAUCCCUGCGAGAUGAUCGGAUUGACCAUGAUUACUGCACCCCUUGGUCCCAUUAUUUAGUCCCCAUCACAUGGCUAUAAAUUCCUUCAAUUUUCUUAAAAUUGUGUAUUUCGUCAUGAAUUGAAACGGCAACUAUCUCGAAAACAUGAAUAUUUUGUGUUGGUGUUGUGUACUCAGGUGAAUAAUAUGUUUGCGAUGUUACUCUGAGUGCAUAUCCACACCGGGCGAGCUUGAAAAAUAUGCCCGGCCACAGUGGGAUUCGAACCUACGACCUUUGGAAUACUAGCCCAAUGCUGUUCCAACUGAGCUACGCGGUCAAGACGGUUCGAGUCUUGACCGCGUAGCUCAGUUGGAACAGCAUUGGGCUAGUAUUCCAAAGGUCGUAGGUUCGAAUCCCACUGCGGCCGGGCAUAUUUUUCAAGCUCGCCCGGUGUGGAUAUGCACUCAGAGUAACAUCGCAAACAUAUUAUUCACCUGAGUACACAACACCAACACAAAAUAUUCAUAUUAGUAGAACACAUUGGCAUUGAAGGAAUUAGAUACUGUUCCGAAAUAUCACUUACUCGAACCGUCUUGACCGCGUAGCUCAGUUGGAAGAGCAUUGGGCUAGUAUUCCAAAGGUCGUAGGUUCGAAUCCCACUGUGGUCGGGCAUAUUUUUCAAGCUCGCCCGGUGUGGAUAUGCACUCAGAGUAACAUCGCAAACAUAUCUCGAAAACGUUCGUAAAGUUUUUAAGUAAGAUUUUGGAAUCUGUUGUGUCACGAAAAUACAAGGACAUUCACUUUUCUUGUGCAUCUGGUACGAAUAUUAUGAACUUGGUGGAUUUAUAAAAAGCUUAUUUUCAAUAAUUAAUUAAAUAAAUAUUUUUGUUGCGAACAAUAAGUUUCGAUUUAAAGAAAUUUAUUAUACGUGGCCGAAAAGCGUAAUUUUUUAUGUGCUUUGUUGUUAAGAAAGUUAUUAAUAGUAUAUGGUUCGUGUACAAUUUAGAAAAACACCGAGAGUUUUUUUAAAGAACAGCAUGAAAUUGAUAGUCUUUAAAGAGCCGAUACUCGUUCACGUUGUUUCCAAAUUGUAACCAUCGAAACCUGUACUAUUUCAAUUUUAGGAUAAGAGCAAAUCUCAAGGAAAAGGCAAACAGGUAAAACUGUCAGAGUGCGAAAAAUAUAAUUAUUAAAUUAUACUACAUUAAUAGCAUGGCUGAUCCAAUGACCAAAUGAUGUGAGUUCUAUUUAUCAAAUAUUCGAUAAACACUGCCAAUUUAUUUAAAUUAAUCUUACAACCCGUCCCCUCGCCUUUAUUUUCUUUACGCCAACACUGAACGUAAACUCGUGUUGCUUCCGUGAUAUUAGAGACCUUACGAUAUGGGACGGCAACGUGACGACGACGGCUGCUCAUACAAUGAGAUUCAUAAUUUUUAAGAAUUCAGAAAUGAAUAAUUAAUAUUCUACAGGAGUUUGAGACGUCAUGCAUGGUCUGUUUAUUUACAACGGGAAUCUACAGACUUUUACGUCGUCGAUGAAACUCCUGCAUUUCAAGACGCGAGAAGUGAUAGAAAUUCCACAUGAAGUAUUCCAUUCCAUGUUUAAAAUAAUAGCAGUCGCUAUGGUAACGUGAAAAUAAUACGAGAUCAUUUUUUAACUAAACAAUCAUUGAUUUUCAUAAUUUGGAAUUACAGUUUUAUGUUAUGUGGCUUUCAAUAGGCUUAAAAUUUAAUGUAAAAUGUAACAGUCAAACGUUUCGAAACUUUUGCUGUUAAACUGCAGGGGAAACUGAAAAGCUCGUUUGGCCGACACUAAUUUGCUCGAAAAUAUACGGUAAAAUAUAUUUGCUUCAUAGGCAUGCGCAGAAGCUAGCUUUUGGGUUAUAAGUUUAAGUCAUAGAUUAUAGUUUAGGUAAAUAAACACACAUAAAAACACGAUACGCUGCAUUAAUUGCCCCAAAUAAACAAUAUUAUUAAUCACUACAUUUAUACAAUUUCAUGAACUACUUGACAUGAUGACGGAUAGACAACAUGUCCUAAAGCGCAGGGCGCAAAAUUUUAAUAAUUCAGUUAAUAAUACGCCCAUCAAAUUGGUUCAAAGCAAAAUUUCAAAACUUAAUACCACACCGCAAAAGUCAGGAGGAAAAGUAAUUCAAUGGAAGCGAAGGUAGAUGAGUUACACGAUAUGAUGAAAGUCGUGAUGAACAAGCUCAAUAGGCUGGAGGUAAUCGAAGAGCGUAUAAAGAAAGUAGAGGAUAUUUUAAUGAUUGAUUUAAGAAACUCGAUUGACUUCGCACACGCUCAAGUAGUCGACUAAAGGAAGACAACAAAGUUCAGAAGAUAAAAGGCGAAGAAAUCCGCGCAAAAAUAGAAAAAUUGGAGCAAGAAAAUACCGCAUUAAAUGGCAAUAGCGUUAUUGACCUCAAAGCAAGGUCAUUGCGUGACAAUCUUAUAUUUUGUAACAUUGAAGAAACAGAAAGAGAAAAUACCACCGAAAAAGUCCACGGAUUGUUGGAAGAAAAGAUGGGAUUCAAGGACGCAGCUAUGACCUCGCACAGAAUAGGAAGAGCAAGGAGAGAUAGAAUACCUCGACCUAUCGUGGUUAAAUUUAACUGGCAUCAUGACAAGUAG